GCUCAAAGAGGAAGUGACAGCUAACAAGAUGAGUGUGACAUCAUGGUUUCUGGUGAGCAGCAGUGGCACCCGCCACAGGCUGCCAAGAGAAAUGAUAUUUGUUGGCCGGGAUGACUGUGAACUGAUGCUUCAGUCUCGAAGUGUGGACAAGCAGCACGCAGUCAUCAACUAUAACCAGGAUAAAGACGAGCACUGGGUGAAAGAUCUUGGCAGCUUAAAUGGGACGUUUGUGAAUGACGUGCGCAUCCCUGACCAGAAAUAUGUCACUCUGAAACUCAACGACGUUAUCCGCUUUGGCUACGACUCCAACCUGUAUGUGUUAGAACACGUCCAGCACAAGGUCCCUGAAGAGGCUCUGAAGCACGAGAAAUAUACCAGCCAGCUGCAGAUGAAUUUUAAGGGCACAACUGUGAAGCGAGGGGACCCCCCACCAGACCUUGGUCCUUAUUCUGAAUCCCCACAAGCCAAACCAGAGAAGGGAGACCGGAGACCUGUCCCAGAGCCAUUGACCUACCGCACACCACUAUAUGGGCAACCUUCGUGGUGGGGGGAGGAUGAUGGCAACAACAAGUUGGACAGACCAGAUGACCACCAAGAGGACCAUUAUCCAGAGAGGACCAAGGAGAUUCCCCAGCAUGAAGAGGUCAAUGGGAACAUUCCAAGCUACCGGGAUGGUCAGGAACCAUCAGCAUUCACCUUCCGGAGGGAGCCAAGCUAUUUUGAGAUCCCCACGAAAGAGUUUCAACCUGUUUCCAAGUCCGUGGAAGAACAGGUUCACGAAGUCCCCACAAAGGACGUGGAGCCGGGUGGGGUGCCCCCAGUGGUGCAAAGCCAUGCCUCUUUCACCAUUGAAUUUGAUGACUGUAGCCCUGGCAAAGUGAAGAUCAAGGAUCAUGUCACCAAAUUCUCCCUGAGACCUCGGCGGCCUCUUGUGAAGGAUUCGGCCCCUACUGAUAUGGUGUCUGCUCAGAGCAAGGUAGCGCAUUGGUUGGUACAGAAUGAUCCUAGCCUGAUACGAAGGCCAGGACCCGGGGAGGAUGGCUACAGCACCAAGAGUGACCUGCCCAUCCAUGUAAGGACACUGAAGGGCCACCGGCAUGAGGAUGGUACACAGAGUGACACAGAAGAUCCAGCAAUAGCAUCUUCUCUCAAGGCAGAAAAAAAGGCUUCCCCAGUACCAGUGGCAGAGCCCCCCACAGGGGAGCAAGUCCGACUGCAGCGGCAGAUUAAACGGGAUCCCCAGGAAAUGCUGCACAACCAGCAGGCCUUUGUCAUUGAAUUCUUCGAUGAGGACACACCCCGUAAAAAGCGUUCCCAGUCCUUCACCCACAUGCCAGCUGACCCCAAAGCAGACAAGCGCAGAGUGCCAGGGCCCACUGGGGUCUGUGGGGGAAUGGCUGCUGUCCCAGGUCCUGCCUUAGGCCGAGCAUCUGGAAGCACUUCAGGCCCCCAGAGGGCCAGUUCACUCAAGCGAGAGAAGACGGAGGAUCGGAUAGGUUCAGUCUCAACAGCUGCCCGCCCGACACACCGACUCUAUGGCAGUGUGGGGCGCAGGUCCCGGAUGGCUCAGGAUUUUGCUGCUGAGUACCUGCGGGAGACUACAACAGCAGGGAGGCCGGGCCCAGAAAAACAGCCACCAGGCUUGCCCGCACCCCUAGCUCCCCGUGUGGUCAUCUCGACAGCUUCCCCAGUCCCCCCAUCCUCCCCAGCUCCAGUGUCUGCUGACCCCCAGCUGACCAAGUCCCGGAAGCAGGAGGAGGAUGAUAGUUUAAGUGAUGCUGGCACCUACACCAUUGAGACAGAGACACAGGACAAGGAAGUUGAAGAGGCACGGAAAAUGAUUGACCAGGUUUUUGGGGUGUUUGAGUCCCCUGAGUUUUCCAAGAUGACCUCAGCUACCUUCCGCCCAAUUAUCCGUGGAGAGAAGGAUGAAGCAGGCUCCUCCCCACCCCCUGUGGCAGAGGCAGGGGUGGCUCAGCGGCUGGCCAUGCUGCAAGAGUUUGCUUCUAGGACCUCAGGCCUGUCUCCUCCAGGCGAGACCCAGGUCCUGCCAGUGUCUGGCUCUCCAGCAAGUCAGAAAUGGGUAUCCCGUUGGGCCAGUCUGGCUGAUAGCUAUUUGGAUCCGGGACCAGGGACUUUGCUCUCUGAGUCAACCCCCUCUUGCCUGGACUCUGAGACUGAUGUCACCAACCACAAAGUUGGGGAGUUGGAGCCAACUUUGCCUUCCAGAACACGGAGAUUACUCCCCCAACUACCCCCAAGUGACAAAGCAGAAAGUCCUGUGCUGACUGGAUUAAUGGGGACAGAACCCUACCCUGAAGUCACCAAGAGAAAUGCAGCCAAGCAAUCAGCCUCAGAGUCCUACGAAAACACGGUGGACCACUUGUUCAUUCAAGAAGAUCUGGACCCAGACAGUCUCAGUGAUGGAAGCCAAUCAGAUGAUGGACUUGGGCCUGGGGAGAGAAAGAAUGAUGGUGUCCAGAGGCCAGAGUGGCCUCGGGGUCAGCAGCAUUCACCAGUGGCAGAGCUUCAGCAUUCUAAACCCAAGAUAGCAGGGGAGCCAGCCCCCAUGUCCUUCUACAUUGGAGAUGAGAAUAAAGAGCCCAGCUUCCCCUCCAAACUCUCCCCGAGUACCCCGCCAUCCCGAGCCAACAAGGAACCUGUGGAUCAGGAGUCAUCCCCCUUGCGGCCAGUCAGCAGUUCCCCUUCCCUGAGGUCCAGAGCCAAGGAGGAGAAUGGUACAUAUAUCAGCAUGACAGGGAAGAUGACUAUUUCCCUACAGACCAACCAGUCCCCAGAACAAGAUAGUUCGGCAGGGGUAGCAAAGGAGGCCCUAUCCUUUGUCCGUCAAGAGAGCUUUACCAAAGAGCGGGCAAGCAGUGGCAUUGCCCCCAACAGGCUCCCCCACAUAUCCAGCCAUCCCCUCCUGAAGGACUUAGAGGCUGCCCGGGCCACCCGCAUGGACUACCACACUCAGGAUACACACUUAAUCUUGAAGGAGACGGAGACGGCUCUUGCAGCUUUGGAAGCCAAGAUCCUUGCCAAGACCCCUGGGGAGGAUGCCAGGAACACCCCUACGCAGCCAGAGGAUUCUUUAUCAGGUGACUCUGAUGUGGACACAUCUAGCACUGUUAGCCUUCUCAGUGGGAAGAAUGGGUCCAGCCAGACCCAGAAAGGCAAGGUGGUGGUGGGCAAUGGCCCACAGAAAGAGCGGCCAUCAUCUGCGCCUUCAAUCCAGGAUGCUAGUCAUGGUCUCAUGCCCAGCGCCCGUGAACGGCUUUCAGAGAAGCAGCGUCGCCCAGGGCCAGUUCCAGAAGGAACUCGGCGCUUCCAGGUUAAACGUAACAAUGGAACCCGUGGAUCUCUGGACUUUACAGAUGAUGAGCGGGGUUCUGGUCACACCCACAUGUCUGGUCCAGAUACUGUCGCUUCAGAACCUGAACAUCAACCAGCAGCAACAGUCAGACCCACAUCCCGGAGGAAGCCCACGGCACCGCCUCCUUCUCCUUCGGCCACUAAGGAAGAACAUGGCCGGGUCUCUGCCAACGUGCAGAAGGUGCAACAGAUUCUCACAAGGUCUAAUAGCUUGUCGACCCCACGGCCCACUCGGGCCUCCAAGCUUAGGCGGGCAAGGCUUGGGGAUACCUCAGACAAUGAGGGGGCUGAGAACGAAAGGGCCACCACAUCUAACCCUGAGGCCACGACCAAGCAGGCCACAGAGGGCAAGAAGCUGUCCCGCCUGGACAUUCUUGCCAUGCCCCGGAAAAGGGCUGGUUCAUUUACAGUGCCCAGUGAUUUGGAGUCAGCCCCAGCCCGGACAGGCUUCUCUGGAAGGAGUGUUGAGUCCUACUACUCAAGUCGAAAGUCGACCAUGUCAGAAGCUCGAGCAGCAGCCAGGAAAACAGCAGCGGCUGUGGCUGCAGCAAAACAGCCUUUCAACAGGGCUCGCUCAGGCAGCGCCCGAUAUUCAUCCUCUUCGAACUCCCGGCGGAGGCAGCAGGGUUCAGAUUGCACAUCCACCUCGGAGGAGGAGUACGGCUCCACCCACAGUUCUCCCAAACACAAACGCUCCCAUGCCUCAACAGCCACUCAGACCCUGCGGGCCACCGGCCAGGGCCGGCCCAGACCUUAUAAUGGGCGGGACACGGAUGAGGAUGAUGAGGAUGACGAGCCCGAGCGCUACAACUUCAUGGUACAGACCGCAGAGAUCGCUGAGAUUGCCAGGUUAAGCCAGACUCUGGUGAAAGAUGUUGCCAUCUUGGCGAGAGAGAUCCAGGAUGUGGCUGGGGAUGGAGACUCCCAGAGUUCCUCAGGAACUGUCCGUGGCACCUCACUCAACUCUGUCCCCAGCACCCCAGCCUCCACUAUUUCUGCCCGAGAGGAGCUGGUACAGCACAUCCCAGAAGCCAGCCUCAACUUCCAAAAGGUGCCACCUGGUGCCAUGGGUUUGAAGGACUUUGACCAGAACAUGAAUGACAAUCGGGAUGACAAUUAUGCUUGGAGGACACGGCCCAGGAACCGAGAAGAGGUGAUCUUUGAUAACCUGAUGCUGAAUCCUGUUUCCCAGCUAUCCCACACAAUCCGGGAGAACACGGAAAACCUUGCGGAGAAAAUGAAGAUUCUCUUCCAGAACACAGAGAGGACCUGGGAAGACAUGGAGGCCAAGAUCAACUCGGAAAAUGAAGUGCCCAUCCUGAAGACAUCCAAUAAGGAAAUCAGCUCCAUUCUGAAGGAACUAAGAAGAGUCCAGAAACAGCUAGAAGUUAUCAAUGCAAUCAUUGACCCCACUGGAAACUUGGACAUCAUGACUGGCAACAGGCUGUCAUCGGGGUCAAUGCUAAGGCCAGCUAAUAAGGUCAGGACUGCUAUUAGCCCCACCCCUCCUACUGAGGAAGUGGUGGGCUCCCUGACACCAUCCAUGAAAAACCACACCCAGAACUCCACCUGCAGCUCAACGCGACUCCAGGACUCUGCCUUCCUUCCUGAGGCAGAGAAGUUUGUGAUAUGAAGACCUGUCCUACAUCAUUGCCGCUGGCCACUGGCCACCUGUGAUUCCAGUGGUGUGGUAGUGUUGUGUGUGUAUGUGUGAUUGUGGGCUGUUGUGUCAGUCACUGGCACUUUGUACAAAGAAAUUGAGCCUAUUGGGCCUAAGGCAGUUGUUAGACAACUAGCUACGUCAGAUAUCCCACUUGUGCCAAAUCGCUAGCCCAGCUGUGCACCUCUUCUGGGCUCCUCUGCCCUGCCCUAGUCUAGUCUAGUAAUCACACCCCUCUCUUUCACUCAUCAUCCAUGGCUGUAAGGUCUUGGCCUUGAUGAUGUGUUCCUUCCCAGGGCCAUGGACACCCUUUAAUGUUGGGUCUACAUGGAAUUGGUCAUAAGCUUAUGGAUCUGAUCCAGUGGCAUGGGAUGGGUUCCCAAUCCCCUGACAGGCAUGCCAUGUAUCUGGCAUUAGCACCAGGCUGUGAGCUUCUACCCAGAGGGGACAUCAGAUAAGCCUAGGUGGCAUUAAGGUUCUUGUAGACCUGCCUUUGGAAUGACCUUGGCAUUAGCUAGGCCGAGGGUCACUCUCUAGCCAAAUCGUUGUCCUUUUAGCCUGAUUUGAGUCUUGUCUUGGUAUUCGUUCUUUAGCUUUUGCAAAGAAGGAAAAAAGUUUGCUCUUAGGAAGCUGGUGUCCCUUAGGGGCUAGAGAGCCAUCUGCAUGUGGUUCUUCAGGGAACAGGUGCUCUUCCCACAGGUUUUGGCCAGAUUACUCCAGCAAUGAGCCCUCCUGGAUCUAGCCUUCACAGCAGCUUAAAGGAUACCAGCAUUAUCGGGUCAAAUAGUCAGUCAGCAGCUGUUCAGUGAAUUCCUACUCAGUGUGCCAUGUCCUGUGCUCGUGCCCUGACAAGGGGAAGAUAGUAAAAGGAGACUCCCUUCCCUCAAGGAGCUUACACUCUGGGGGGAGACAGGAGAUAGAAGCCCAGGCCCUGAUCCAAAGGAGUUCCAUCUGUGGGAGAGACUUACAUAUGGGAGGCCAUUAGGGAAUCACCCAGGAUGAGGGUAAAGUGCUGUUAGUAAGUGUGGGAGCUGUUCAGUGGAAGGAGAGGUUUGUGAAGAGUGGGGUUUUCAGGGAGUUCAGCCUCCUGGGAGAUGUGUACCAUGGACACAUGUCAUCCUGCAUUAUUUGGCUUCAUUUGGAGCAGACUGUUACUGGUUACCGGGCCACCCCAUUUCCCCUUGACAGUCCUAUCCUGGUGAGAGAGACCACGCUGAGCAAGGGGCUGUGAGCAUCAUUGUGCUCUGUGGUACCCAUGUUAGUCAAACAGGACUGGUGCCUCCUUUGUGGUACCAGGGGCUGGUCAGUCCCAGCACUAAGAGAUCAGGAGACAAAAACUUAGUUCAUUGUUCACAGCAAAAAAACCACCCUUUGUCGCCAUUCACCCUGCCAAAUUGCCAGGCAUUCAGGAGAGACCCAGUGCCCCUUGUUCUGCACACUCCUUAGAGAGGCUUCCUUUGCCCUGGCAACUCUAAGAUGAGCAGACAAGGUGAUAAAUACAGAAUGCAGUCAUGUGUGCACCCAGACAUGCAUAUGUACUCACAAGGGCACUUACAUAUAACUUGCAUGUAUAUGGCAUGCACAAAAGUAUAUUGCACACAUAAACGCAGACAUGUGUGUGUACCAACGUGUACUUGUAGACACACACACAUGGUCUGGUUUCUCUGUGUUCACUUCUGAGUCUUCUCUCUAGUCUUUGCAGUGGUGGUUCUGCCUGGUCACCGUGCCCACAGUCAGAAUGCUGGCAGGCAGGCUGAUUGCUUAAGAGUCUGGGAAGAGAGGUCUCCACUCUCCUCUGGAAACCAAAGCGAGCCACUUCCCCAAGUUGAAGCAUCAAUGGGAAUGUCCAGAGCCCUUGCCUAUUCCAAUAUUCUCCUGUACUCCAGGGGAAAACAGGGCUUCUCUGCUCCACCUGUCUCCUGGCCUGACCCCAGCCCCAGACUCAGGACACUCCUUUGCCCAUAAACCUGCCCUAGAGUCUGGCUGACUGCAGUUGGGGGAAUGUCAACAUUGGGACCCUAAUUUUACUAGGCAGGGCCGUGGUCAGUCGUGACCCCCAGCUCUGGGGCCAAGGCACCUCUCAGUCUGUCCUUGGAAGAAGACGAGGCAGAGGAGGUAGUCAUUUUUUUCAUCUCUUCUUCCCUUGCCCAGAUCCUUCCUCAAAUAGCUUUCUUCAAAUUCCCCCUAAAAGGGCACAAUGAAGAGUGUUCUUCCUUGUGAGCCCUGCCCCUGCCACAUCCUCUGCUGCUUUCUGAAUUUUCGGGAAUUAGAUACUGUCAUCACUGACUGACUGCCAAAAAAUUAUGGCAUGGAAGUCCCAGCUGUAGACAGGAGGGCAGAAUAUACAGCACCAUCUUACUGUGUGACCUUGGGCAAAUUGCUUCGCUUCUCUGGGCUUGUGAUGGGCUCUCCACCUGCAACAUGGCGAGAAUGACUCCUUCCUUCCCCUCCUUUCACCCUCAGUGCUAUGACGAUGAACCAGGUGCCUGGGGGCACUUGGGAAAUCUCUAUAAUUGUAGAAUAGGUCAUUUGAAUCUGAACCCGCAAACUUGGAUUGGAGUUUGGAGACAUUUUUACAGCAUGAAUAUUUCUGUCGUUUUUUUCCCGGCUCUUCCUGGAUUCUUUGCCAACAAGGCACAUGCUAACUUAGCUGGGUCUGUUUCACACCUUUUCUCCCUCACUUUCCCAACCCAAUAAGCCAAAGAGCUAGCCUAGUCUUAUCCUUCCUUGGCUUCCCUGCCCCCAUCCAGACCCAGGUGAGACCAGGACAUGGACUCUGGGUGCAUGUCCCCCCUCCUCUAUUCACCAGGCAUCCUGAAGGUCAGGCCUCAGAGGAGAGCAGAGUUUGCCAACAGACACUUGGCUGGAUGGUGUUGGAUGGCCCCUUUCUCCCCCUCCUUCAUUGUCCUAGUCUAGGAAGAUUAGCUGUAUUGAUGAGUGCUUGAGGUCAAAGUCCUCCUAAUGGUGCAGAUACUCUGACAAGGUCCAAAUGGCCUGACAGAGUGUGAGUCUGAUGGUUUCCAAUGAUCUGGGGGUUCUUUGGCCUAUGGCCAGCUCAGGAGUGUGUCUAUGUUUACAUGCAGCUGUUUAAGAGCUCUGUUUUUAAACUUUUUAAAAAAGACUAAAAACAGAAGAAAGUAUAGACAGAUAAGUGUAUGGCUUCUCCUGGUUCCUUUCUCUGCUUCCUAAUUCAACCUUGGCAGCAUCCCUGGAGUAUGCUCGCCUAAGCUCAUAUUCCUCUGUGGCCCCCUCCAGGAUUGGCUAGACUGAAGCAUGCCUAUGGUGAGGGAGGGGUCACGCUCUCUGCUGCCUGGUGCUUCCUCAUUGCUGACCCAGCCAUUGGGUGUAUAUAUAAUGAGAGAGAUGGCUAUACCCGCUGUCUUGGGCCAGCCAUAUGCAUGAGUGUGUCCGUGUACCUUACAAAUGAUCAAUGUCCAUCUCUCCUCACUCAUUGACUUGCUCUUCCACUGGUUGAUUCUCCGGUUUUCUACCCCACUCCUUCCCCUCCAUGAUAGUUGUAUAAUUUUUUUGUUUUUGGAGGGAAGGAAUUCACAAGCUCUCACCUUUCUGGUUUGGUUUGUUUCCCCUUCCCUUUCCCACUGAGUGGUAAUUUAUUUUGUCCGGAUCGGAGGCAGUAUCUGUACAUUUGAUUCCCAGGUGACACUGUAGAUGUCUUUAAGAAAAUGGGUUAUUUUAUAUAAUUUUAUCAUAGAUUGUUCAAAUAAAUCAUUCUUUUGUCACACA